GUCCCAAGAUGGCCGUUUCUGCUGCGAAGGGUGGGGGCGGCUGCCCCGGCGGCUCUCUGGGCUACUGCCUGGCCCAGCUGCAGAAGGGGACGGAGCCAGCCCUGGGCAAGGCCCUGCUGGCCCUCCGGACGCAGCACAUCAAGGAGGCCGGGGGCAUCGCUCGCUUCAGGAGCCGCGGCGGGCUGGCCCCCCUCCUGGCCGUCCUGGCCAGCGCCCCCCGCCCGCGGCGCACCCUCGACCUGGCCCUCAGCAUCCUGGGCAACUGCUGCACCGAGGGGGGCAGCCGCACCCAGGUGCGCGAGCUCGGGGGGAUCCCGCCCCUCGUUACUGUCCUGAAAUCGCUUGCUGUGGAAAGCAUCCAGAAUCGGACAGCUCGGGCUCUCGGCAACUUGGCUGUAGACAUGGAGAACUGCCAGGCCAUUCAUGAAGCAGGAGCGGUGCCCCCCCUCAUCCAGAUCCUCACCACCUCCCAGGACAGCGAGUGUCUGCAGAGCGUGAUCCGAGCGGUGCGCUACCUGGCCGACACCCCCUCCCAUCGCCUGGCGUUGGCCCAGCAGGGAGCGGUGCGGCCCAUCGCCGAGCGCCUGACCUCCUCCCCGGACGACACGGCCCUGGUGGCAGCGGCCGUGCGGGCCCUCCUGGAGCUGACCAAGGGCUGCAGCCGCGACUGUGCCCAGCAGCUGAGCCUGGGGGGCGGGGUGGCCCCCCUGGUGACACUGACGAGCCACAGUAAGCAGGCGGUGCGGGAGGCGGCCCUCGUGGCCCUGGCCAACCUUUGCCUGCAGGGGGUGCUGCGGCCAGCCGUGGGCAACGCUGGUGGGGUAGAAGUGCUGGUGAGCGAGAUCCAAAGGUGGCGGGGCUCCGGAGCUCCUGGGGCUGCCCUGCAUUCUUUGGUGAGAGCCCUCUGCCUGCUCUGCCGGGAGGCGGUCAACAGGAGCCGGGUCCGGGAAGCCGGGGGGCUGGAGGUGCUGCUCUCCCUGUUGCGGGAUCGAAACUACAGUUCCAUCCACGCUCGUGUGGUGGUGGCCUUCGUGGCUUUCCUGUAUGAUGAAGAGGCCCUGGAGAUCCUUCAGGCCAGAGGGCUGGUGCCUUUGCUGGUGGGAAGGCUGGCAGCCCAGGGCCAGUGGAGUGGCCAGGAGCAAGAGGAGGCCGAAGGAGAGGUGGAGGAGCAGGAGGACGAGAAAGACGCCGCCUCGUUUGACUUCCCUGCAGAGGGGCGCCGGGGGGAGCAGGCCACGCCCGGAGCAGAGUCCUCCAGCUUCCAGAGUCUCAGGUCCUGGCUGCUUUCUGAAGGCUACAUUGCCAGUCCGGGAGACCUGUCUCCGCAGUGGUCCCCAGACACCACCCUUUCUGAACUGGAUGCCCAAGGAUGCGUCAGCCCCAACCAGGAACUGCAAGAGGAGCCCCUGGGGCCCUGCCACACCACGCCACUGGUCAAAACCCAGUCCAGGGCAGAAUCCCCUGACUUCUUGAACUGCCCCUUGCUGGAUUUGGCGCUCGUGGAACAGCCAAGCUCUUCGACAGGAAUCAACCCAGCAGAGGGAGACGGAGCACAUCCGGAAGAGACUGUCUGUGUGGCUGCCUCACCCAUCCCAGGAGAAACAGGGAGCUUCCAUUCAGCACAGACACCUUUCCUUGAGACUGUGCAUUUGUCGGGGGUCAAGGAGCACCAAGAGCUUGCAAAAGUGACUGAGGAAGUGGCACAGUCUGCGCAGGCUGUACCAGCAGCAGAGGAGAAUGAGGCAGGGGCGCGUGCAGCUAUAUCCCUUCCGAGCAAGUGCGACCAAAACCAUCCAUCGCCCAGUGUUCUUGCCAAAUCCCCCAAUGCCGAAGAGGCAGGUCCGGCACCCAAAAAGCCACCGCAUCAGAACUUCCCAGGUUCCCCUGAAGAAUCCAGGCCACCCACCUUCUGCUGGAAGCGGCGCACCAAGUUUCGUUCAGCGUCUGAGCAGGCAACGCCUCCUCAGACCUCACGCCCCAUCGGGGAAACCCCAUCCCCGCUUCUCUCCUUGGCCCUGCCUCUCUCUUUCUCUCCACAUGGGGGUGACAGGGAGCUGCAUUCCCCGGAAGCCCCGGCCUUGCUGCUGCUCUCGCGGUUUUCGCAAGCUGAGGAUCCCAGCCGCAGCCUGGUGACGCCAACGGUGUUGCGGGGACUUCUCCAUUACGUCACGGGGAGCCCCGCCCCUUCGUCCCGCUGCCUUCGGCUGCUGCACCGCCUCACCUGCAACCCCACAUGCCUGGAGGCCUUCGUCCGUUCCUUUGGGGCCUCGCUCAUCCGGGCCUGGUUGGUGCUAGGUGUGUCACCCGAGCAAGCUGCUAGUGCUACUGCUAUGGAACAGGAAGAGGAGGGCCCAAGCAACCCCGAGGCGGGACACCACAAUGCUGGGAGAUUCAAGGACCUCGGUGAGACGCUGCUGAUGAACCUGCGCGUCCAAGCAGAGUCCCCCUUCGGUGUUGGAGUCCUCAACCACCUGCUGCUGUCGGGCUCCGAGUCAGACCAGGUGGCCUGCGCCCUCGCCCUCCCCCUAAUCUGCAGGAAGGACUCCCUUUGCCGGAAGCUUCUCUUGGACCACUCUGGCCUGCGUUACCUGCUGGGUGCCCUGGUGCGAGGCCCUGACCCCCACUUCAUCUUCUACGCCUCCGAUUCGCUCUCCUUCCUCCUGGGUUCUCAGGUUUCCCCUCCCACUGGGGUCUCGUCUCCUGCCUUGAAGCGGCCACGCUUGGACCCCCCGCAGCCUUGUUCUUACCUCCACCUGGUGGGUGAAGGCAAGGCUGACCUGCACUUCCAGCUUGACGGUGGCACUGUGGUGCCUGCCCUGCGCAAGGUGGUGAGCGACGCCUCCGAGGUCUUCCACGCCAUGUUGAGCGGCGGGUUUGCCGAGUCGUGCCAUGCCACUGUGGCGCUCCACGGCCUGUUGCCCGAGCCCUUCCUGGCCCUGACGCACUUCCUGCACGGCUGCCGGGGGAAGCCUUGCCCAGUGUUGGGUGUGCCGUUUUCCCUUGCUUUGGCCGAAGAAAUCUUGACGGUUGCAGAACAGUAUCUCCUCCCCGAGCUCCAGUCUCUGGUCGACGAUGCCCUGUGCCAGGGCUUCUUAUGCCCGGGGACCAUCGGCGAGGUGUACCGCUUGGCCGAACGACAGAACCGGCCCUGUGUGCUCCAGCGGUGCGCCUCCUAUGCGCUCCAGGAGUCAGCAAGGCCCACCCAGCAAGCCGCUCUGUUGGCAGAACUGCUCCGAUCCACUGGAAAUCCCAGCGGGUUGGCUGAGGAGCUGUUGAGAGCAGUCCUGGAGUCCCCAUGGGGCUGUGGUUCCGAGGGACAGCUAGGCUGAAGGCCUGGGCUUUCGUCUCCUCCGUCUCCAACCUCCCCCCACGCACCAUCACAGUGUCAGUGUUGUAGUGGAACACGCCAAUGCAGUCGCAGCAGGAAGACGAAGAAUAAACGGGGUGAUCCUCAGAGAAGGGCGGUCCAGAUUGGUAGCCAGUCCCGCAGAGUUCAGUCUGGGAAUCCCUGGGGAGGGGGAAAUAGUAUUUAGCAGCCCUCGGCAAAGUGUGUGUGAGGUGGAAGGCAGAGGAGGCAACUGUGUUUGGGGGUGGGGGGGAGAGAGAGAAUAAGGAAGCAAGUUGUCCAAAGAUGGUGGUAAUGUAGCUCGACUGGAGAGCGGCAAAGGGAAGGUUGAAAUGAAGGGUGGAGAGAGCUGCCUGUCUUGAAAUCCUAGUAAACCACAAGAGCCUCUUCCCACCCCUUCGUUUGCAGAGGCGUCCCCAUCCGGUAUUGGAGGAGGCACCUGCCAUUCGACUGUAUGCUUCUGAGUAUGACAGCAGUGGAAAGUGGGCGGCGGGUCCCUUUCUUGUAGGGGGGACUCAAGGGAGGGGCUCCCAGUGGCACACCAGGAAUUCAGGGAGUUACGGCGCCAAGAGGGGGACCCCAGUCGGAGGCAGUGGCUCUGUAGAAAGUCCUCUGCUGUGUGAGAGGGUGGUUUCCAGUGGAGAUGCAAGGAGGGCAUUAAUAAGUAACGAAAGGAGUCUUGAAAUGGGAAGAGGAUCCUGUGGGACGGACCAUUUAGACUCUCUCCCUCCGAGGCCCACGAGAAGAGAAGCUGGUGGGAGGUGGACGCUUUGUGAGCUGGGAGGCUGAUUGGAGGGGGGGCGGGGCUCGUCUGUGCAGGAACUCGGUUGCCUCUAAGCGAUUGUAUAUAGAGAAAAUAUAGAUUCAGAGAUGCUCUAA